GAACUCCAUUGUUAUAGUAACCCUGUUCAACUUUUGAUUCAAAGGUGUAGUAAACUCUGUCUCAGCUCUCACUAGCUACUCUCAAACUUGUAUAUAUCUUUUUGUAUCUUGCUGUGUCCAUUUUACUAUAAAUCGAAAUCCCUGCCUAGAGAAUAUGUCAUGCAGAGUGCCUUUCCGUAUGAUGGAUUGAACCUAUUUACUCAUCAGCUGCAGUCUUUCUUAUGUUUAGAACAUAAGAUUCAUAUAUCGUUUGUGAGUUAUGGAUAGCGGGGAGAUCCCAGGAGAAAGCAUUGUAGUAAGUGUUCCAUCUUCACCAGGCAAUGUGGAGGGUGGUAUUGAAAGACAAGAUCCAGUUACUCCAACUCCAAUUAGGAAAGCAUGGGUUGAUUUAGUUGACAAAUGUCUAGGAACAUUGUUAACUAUUAUACAACUCUUAUGCGCGCCUCUAUUGGCACUCUUCUUGCUGGUUGCAACGAAGUGGAAAAGGGUAUUCAUACUAUCAUGUGUUGCAGUGUCAAUUGAUUGUUUGUUCCUUUACAUUCCGAUCAUCGAUCAGGAAAACAAGUGCCUUGGCUCGGACAAGAGGUUGACGAAUAUAGCACUUGUCCUCAGAUCAAUUACAGAUAUCGCCUUCAUAUUCCAUAUUUUACUCCUGAUGGCUAAUGAAAUGGAUGAAGACCCCAAAUGGGACCCCGCGAAAGCGUCAUGGUUAUAUAAGAAGUCCAUCUACAUCAUUGUUAACUUUCUUGCUAUUCUUCCCAUCCCACAGACAUACAUACAGUCAGAAUCUGAAAAGUUUGUGAAAAUAAGAGAUUCAAGACGGACGGGAAUUAAUACAAAGUAUAGAGAGUUAGAAAAAUGGAUGUCAAGUCAUGAUCUUCCAGAUGAUAUAAAGACCGAUGCCCUGAAAAAUAUUAGCGAAUAUAGGGUAGUGAAGUUCAUCGAUGAAGAUGUGGGUGCAUGGUUCAUGGACCAUUGUUCUUAUGAUACGGAUGUCAAAUCAGAUGCAUUGAAUUUUAUAUGCGUAAAAGCAUUGAAGAGAAUACCCGUUCUUCGAAAAUUGGACGAACAAGACUUGAAAGGGUUCUGUGAGCAUACAUUUAUCACCACAAAAGAUAAAGGCACCUUAGUUACUGAAGCCGGACAAGAACUUUUUUAUAUGUGCUUGAUUAUAGACGGCGUAAUUGAAUGCAACGAUGCUGAAACGAUGAGCACCCAAACCAUGCAUCGCUACGAUUGUGUUGGACAAGAACUUCUGCGUUGGGCAAUACUGAACUAUAAGAGAUCAGAAGAGCAACGCGAACGUCGUCCUAUUUCAACAGUAGAUGCCAAAUGUCUAACCGAUGGAGAAGCUUUUGGGAUCCAUGCAUCUGACUUGCUCGAAAUUCUCCAGAAGUCGAAUAAUUUAGAGUUGGCCAGCACUAGCAGCGCAGAUCAACGGAUUGAGGAGUGGUUGUUGAGAAAUGGGUUCCCUGAGGAUCUGAAGGUUAACAUCAUGAAUUGCCUAGAACAAAAUAACCUGCUAGUGGAAGAAAACAUGCAUGCUGAUGUAGAUGUAGCUUUUCUAUUCGGUAUUCUUCCAAGAGAUAUGAAACCCUCCAUGAAGCGUCAUCUCGGCAUGAAUGCCCUAAAAAAGGUACCCAUGCUUCAAAAAAUGCAUGAAUAUGUGUUGGAAAUCAUCUGCAAUUAUCUCCAGCCAGUUGUCUACGAGAAGGAUAGCUAUAUUGUUAGAGCUGGAGAACCACUCGGUAUCAUGAUCUUUAUUCUGCGAGGAACAGUUUUCUUCACUGACACGACUAGCAGCAAUACCACAACAACAAGUUCCUCAGAGAUCACCGAGAAUUUUGAUGAAAAUGUUAUUGAGAUACACGGUUAUUAUGGAGAACAACUUCUGAGAUGGGCCUCACCCAACAACAUGUCUUCUUCAGACAAUCCCGUCAUCUCCACUAGAAAUGUCAAAUGUCAAACAAAAGUGGAAGCCUUGAUUCUCAAGGCAGAGGACUUGAGAAAUGCAGUCUCCAAGUGCGGCUCACAGUGGAAUCUCAUCAAUAAUAUGAAUUAUCAGCACUUGGUUGGUGAUGUAAGAGAUACUUUGGCUGAUACUGGCGAUUCCACGUCCACAAAGAUUGAAGAGACUAGUAUCCAGCUUCAUCAGGGUCAUGACAUGCUACUCGAGCAGCUGGUUCUAAUUCGAGAAACCAUGUUCCAGUUUCGCGAUGAUAUAGUGAGAAGACUAGAUGAUCAGGGAAGGAGGUUAAAUGAGAUGGCUGCAUUCUUAGCCAGAUUGGGAUAUACAGGCACAUCUCCUCCUUAA